CUCCAACUGAGGCCGAACCGAGCCAAACAGGGGUCCAGCUCUGCACGCACGUCAUCGCCGCCGCCGCCUGCUGCCAUGCUCUCCCCCAGUCCGUCAAUUCUUGAUAAGCCUCAACUCUGCGAUCCGUAAUCAACACACGUGUUCUUUUUCUCGUUCGCGUCUGACUUCAGGAGUAAGCGAGGCCGCUUUGGCUCCGAGUGCGUCGCGCCCUCCUCAAGCUGAUUUGACUUUUGUAAUCCGUACUCAUUCAGCACAUACCAGAAAGACAAACAAAGCACAAUGGCAUCUCCGAUGAUCAGAGCCAGUCGGAUGGCCGCCGUACUGGCGGUGAUCUCGAACCUGCUGGCGCAAUCAAUCAAGGCAUACCAGCGAGGUACGCCGCUGGUAAUCGACUGGGUGCCCGUCUUCCAGUUCGUCGUCUGGGCCCUGGUCAACACGCCGCCCAACUUCCUGUGGCAGGAGUUCCUCGAGUCCACGUUCCCUGCGUACCACGCCUCGCCGACGCGCGAGGCCGUCGUGUCGGCCUCGAAGCCCGGGCCGGCAGCCGACGACGCGCUCGAGGGGAAUGGGGAGGCGGCGCCACCACCCAAGCUGGUCGAGCCGCGCCUGAACAAGGGCAACACGGCCAUCAAGCUGCUCCUCGACCAGACGGUCGGCGCGGCCCUCAACACCAUCCUCUUCAGCCUGUUCAUGCACACGAUCCAGGCCGCCAUGCACAGGCCGCUCGGCGCGCCGCUGAGCAACCCCGACCAGAGCGUGUGGUUCCUGCUCGCCGGGCUGUUCCCCUCGCUCUUUGGCGGUGCUGGGGAUAGCCUCUUGGGCAAAGUCUUGGCAGGGAAAGGAGCAGGGGGUAAAGUCAAGGCGUUCGACUACUCCCGCGUCAGCUGGCCCGUCAUUUCCGCCAAGAGCAGGGCCGAGUUCGUGCCCAUCAUGGUGGCCGGGUGGAAGCUCUGGCCGCUCGUCAGCCUGAUCAACUUCACGCUCGUGCAGACCAUUGAGGGGCGGAGUCUGGUCGGCGGCCUGGCGGGUGUUGCUUGGGGUGUGUACAUGAGCCUGCUGUCUUCUUCGUGAGACGCUGCUUUGUGGAGCAGAGAGGUUGUUCCUCUGACAGGUUGGCGGGUGAGGGCGCGCAGGAGGUCUAUUUUGACGAUUUGUUGCGGGUGGUCGGCGGAUAAGUCUUGCUAAUUUGACAUGUUGCUAUGUGCCGAGGACCGCGGAGGACCCUGUUUGAGAUUAUGAGGGUCAAUGUUUAGAGCUGCUUUGGCUUGAGCCAGCUGCUUUGAUACCCAAGUAGAAGUUUUGCCCAGCUAUUAAUAGAGACACUAUUUACUUUCAA